CGAUCGCUGCCGAGAUUGAUAGGAAAAGYGUUCCGGCGGCGGCGGCUACGUGGGAAAAGGCGCCCGGUGCCGGCGGGAGCCGCUCAGCCGCCUCUCCCUCUGCUCUCUCGUAGGGUGUUUAAGAAAGCGAGUCCCAACGGGAAGCUCACGGUCUACCUGGGCAAGCGGGACUUCGUGGAUCACAUCGACGUGGUGGAUCCCGUGGACGGCGUCGUGCUGGUGGACCCCGAGUACCUGAAGGAAAGGAAAGUGUUCGUGACGCUGACGUGCGCCUUCCGCUACGGCCGCGAGGACCUCGACGUGCUGGGCCUCACCUUCCGCAAGGACCUGUUCGUGGCCAACGCGCAGGCCUUCCCGCCGGCGCCCGAGGACAGGAAGCCCCUGACGCGGCUGCAGGAGCGCCUCAUCAAGAAGCUGGGCGAGCACGCCUACCCCUUCACCUUCGAGAUCCCACCCAACCUGCCCUGCUCCGUGACGCUGCAGCCGGGCCCGGAGGACACGGGCAAGGCCUGCGGGGUGGACUAUGAGGUCAAAGCGUUCUGUGCCGAGAACCUGGAGGAGAAAAUCCACAAGAGGAACUCGGUGCGCCUGGUGAUCCGCAAGGUGCAGUACGCGCCGGAGCGGCCCGGCCCCCAGCCCAUGGCCGAGACCACCCGGCAGUUCCUCAUGUCGGACAAGCCGCUGCAUCUCGAGGCGUCCCUGGACAAGGAGAUCUACUACCAUGGGGAGCCCAUCAGCGUCAACGUCCACGUCACCAACAACACCAACAAGAUGGUGAAGAAGAUCAAAAUCUCGGUGCGCCAGUACGCCGACAUCUGCCUCUUCAACACGGCCCAGUACAAGUGCCCCGUGGCCGUGGAGGACGCCGACGACGUGGUGGCCCCGAGCUCGACGUUCUGCAAGGUCUACACGCUGACGCCCUUCCUCGCCAACAACCGGGAGAAGCGCGGGCUGGCGCUUGACGGCAAGCUCAAGCACGAGGACACCAACCUGGCCUCCAGCACGCUGUUACGGGACGGCGCCAACAAGGAGAUCCUGGGCAUCAUCGUGUCCUAYAAGGUGAAGGUGAAGCUGGUGGUGUCGCGAGGAGGCCUCCUGGGAGACCUGGCCUCCAGCGACGUCGCCGUGGAGCUGCCCUUCACGCUCAUGCACCCCAAGCCCAAGGAGGAGCCGGCGCACCGGGACGUUCCGGAGAACGAAGCUCCCAUCGAUACCAACCUCAUAGAGCUGGACACAAAUGACGACGACAUCGUGUUCGAAGACUUCGCCCGGCAGCGGCUCAAGGGCAUGAAGGACGACAAGGAGGAAGAGGAGGAGCGCGCCGCGUCGCCGCCGCCGCUGCUCAACGACAGAUAAGGGCCCCGCCGCCUCGCCCCGCCGCCCGCCCGCUUCUCUUUUCUACGCGGCUCCGUUUCGGUUUCGAGCGGCGCCGGGAGCCGACCUGGCACCUCCGGCCGCCCCCGCGCGCUCAGACCUUCCUUCUCCAUCCACGCUCGGGAUGGGGCCGCGGGCGCUGGGCCCCUCUCGCCCUUCACCACGUGGAGAGUUGGGGGCAAACGCGAGCGGGCCGUGUGGUACUUCUUUUUUUCUUUUUUUUGGGGGGAAAGUGGUUCCUUGGUCCCGUCCGUCCAUCCGUCCGUCCUUGGCUUUUUCGGUUUCUCCACCGUUAACCUGUGACGUUUCCAUGUUGGGUCAAAUAAAUUAUUCUAGUUUAUUAAACUGGGAAAAAAAAGGA